GUGAUACUUUCAAAAUCUUCGUAAUAUUAAAAGAAUUUCAUAAAUGCUUGUACUAAAAAUUCUUCAUUCAAUUUCAUCACAAUGUUACAAAGCGAAUUUGAGUUAACUCCACAACUAUCUAGUCCACAUACUUGUGAAGAUUCUGUCGAAAAUAUUAUAAGGAAAUAUAGUUAUAUAGAUCGCAGUAAUAGAGAAAUCAAUAAAAGUAAUUUUCUUAAUUGUUCUAACCAUAUUUUGACUCCAAAGAAACCAACAACGAUAUCUGAAGAGACUGAUAACAGUUUUACUUUUCUAUCUAACAAUAGAAUAUUUGAUGAUCAUUUAUAUGAUUUCAUAGCAAACUAUUGUAAAGAAGAGAUUAGAAAAGAAGUUGAUUUGAAGGUAUCCUCAAAUAGUUCAAAGAAUUCAACUACGGGUGUUGGAUGUCAGAAAGAAUAUGUGGACAAAGCUACAUACUGCCGUCCCGUCUUUAAUUUGUACAACCGAGACUUUAUAUUUAAGACCUUAGAACGAAAUGCAAAGCUUACCCGUUUGAUACAAGAGUUAAUUACGAGCCAUCAGAGAGAAAAACAAAACGAAAUUUGGAAUAAUUUUAUAAAUGUUCUAAAAAGUAAACAUAAUGAUUCUAAAAUGUUUGAUGAAGUUCCUGUUAAUGAAGAAACGAUGGGUAAUGUUCGGAGUUCACAAUUUAACGAUGGUUGCCAUGGACAAGAGCAUUCAUGUGUGCAAUCAUCAAAACAAUGUUUACUGGACGAUAUUUAUGGAAACUCCAAUGAAAUUGAAGAUUUUAUAAAUCAUAAAAAUACAUGUCAUCAAGAGAAAAGUCAAUAUCACCAAGAGAGCAGUCGCUUGUUUUUGAGGAACCCGUUUUGUUAUCCAACAUCAUCUGUGGGACGUCUAACUAUGUUGCAUAGAGAAAAUGAACGUUUAUCUCAGCUUGAGAAAGAGAAAAAAAUAAAAGAAAAAUUUCGCAAUCGAUACAAAAGUAGAUAUGAUGUACACAUAGAAGAAGACAAGGCUUUAAAUGAAUCAGUUCUCUUACACUCAAAACAGAGUAAACAGAGACAUACGACUGUCCAGACAGAACACAAUGUUUUGAUAUUGCGUAACUAUCCACUAAGCGAUAAUAAUCGUUCAGUCGUAGCGAGAUCAGAAGAACGGGAAAGUUUAUUAAAAAAUACAACAAAUAUGGAAGAACUAACACAAAAAUUUGAUUCUCAACCAGAAAAUUCCGUAAAAAACUUGACAUUGAAAGAAAUAGAAAAUAAACUAGAGUUAUUAAUAAAUUCUAUCAAUAGACUUAUUGGUGAAUUUAAAGUGAACAAAAACAUAAAGACAGUGUCUACACAAGAGAUAAAUAACCAUUUUAAUCAUUUAAGAAGUGUUGUAGUUGGAAGCAAUAUAAAUCAAAAAUGUAACGGUGCCAGUAAAUAUUAUAGUAAUUCUGAAAGUAUUUUACCCACGGGCAAAUGCAGUAUAAUUUUUGAGACAGCUAGAAAAGAAAAUUCCGAUCUAAAAAAAAUCAAUGAAAUAUUUUCAAGAGAACUAGGGGAUAAUGCUUCAUCAAACAAAACGUGUGCGGUCCAGAUUACAUUUGAAGUUCCAACGAAAGAAACAUCUACAGAAGUUACCAAGUCCCUCUCUAAAGCGCAUAUAUUAGAAAAUGAUAAAAUAGAAGAGAUUAUCAUCCCUGAACCCUGUACAACCGAGAGAAUUACGAUAGCUGUAAACACCGACCCCUUGAAUAUUUUAACACUACUAAGAAUAUCAACACAGGCUAUGAAACGCUUUUUGUCUUUUAUGCCACAUAUUGAUUAUUAUUAUUAUCUAUCAAGAUUUUAUCUACCACAAUUGCCAAGCACAGACCAAAAUUUCAAAUGCAACAUCUGUGGCGCGAAAUUUACCAAGGCUUCUGAACUCAGUUAUCACAUUCAGGAACACGAUUUGGGAAAAGCGAAAGACUGCUGUGUUUGCCGACACGUUCUUGACAUAUCCCAUCGCCCAGUAAACAUCUAUAGUUGCUGUCAUUGCGGGCAGUGUUUUGUGAGAGCUUAUUGCUGUGAGCUUCAUCAGAAGGCUUGUGGACGACGGCUUGGCAAUACCCAAGGUGUAACCAACUCUAACUUGCUAAUUCUAAGAUAGUUUAAAAAAAUACGAAUUCACAUAACUUAAAAUAGACAAGAAUUAUAUGACAAUUAGUUUCAUAGACAACUAUUUACAUUUUGUUUUGUUUAUUGACAUUGUAAUGAAUAAAUCACAGAUUAUAUAUCAUUCUUUUAUUCUGCCCUAAAUUGUUUUAUUAGAACAGAAUAGUCAAAAAUAAAGGCUUUAAACUUUUAUAUUUACGAUAGUCUAUGUACGGAUAUCCCAUACAUACACUUGUUUAUGUUACAAAUAAAGUUGCCAAUAUGAUUAAAGUUAGUAUAAACAAUGAUAAAAACAAACUUGUGAGAUUCAAAUGUUUUUUGAAAAGGGUUCGUUAUCGCAUAAAUUAAUUAAGGUAGUGCUAUUAAGUUAUAUUAGGAUUAUUUGGACACAUUUAAAUUGAUUGUAUAAUUAAAAUGCUUCUGAAUGUGAUAUGGCGAAUAUUUUAUCGCUUGUUUAUUAAAAUGAAAUUAACGAUUCGCAUUAAUGGCGAUUGUAAUAAAGAUAUCUCGGA